GACAAUUCUUUUCUUGUCUCUCCUUGUUACUUCUCAAAUUCAAACAUGUCUGGACGCGGCAAGCAGGGCGGCAAGGCUCGCGCCAAGGCCAAGACCCGCUCGUCCCGGGCCGGCCUGCAGUUCCCCGUGGGCCGCGUGCACCGGCUGCUCCGCAAGGGCAACUACUCGGAGCGGGUGGGCGCCGGCGCCCCGGUCUACCUGGCGGCCGUGCUGGAGUACCUGACGGCCGAGAUCCUGGAGCUGGCUGGCAACGCGGCCCGCGACAACAAGAAGACGCGCAUCAUCCCGCGCCACCUGCAGCUGGCCAUCCGCAACGACGAGGAGCUCAACAAGCUGCUGGGCCGCGUCACCAUCGCGCAGGGCGGCGUCCUGCCCAACAUCCAGGCGGUGCUGCUGCCCAAGAAGACCGAGAGCCACCACAAGGCCAAGGGAAAGUAAAUGGGUUCCCGGUCUUGGUCUUUGGAUUGCCCUGCCUAAACACACAAAACAAAGGCUCUUUUCAGAGCCACCCACCUUUUCCCGUAAAACGAGCUGCCACCUUAUUUGCUACUGU